CGGAGCCUCACAGACAGAACGGGAAGGAAAGCUCCGCUCGACAUUAUUUUCCCGGCAGUGAGCGCUGUAUAUACGGAUGAUGGAGACCCCCGUCCUCUCUCCAGACCCUGAGGGGCGGGGGGCCGGGGCAAAGCUGCAGGGCAGGCAGGACGUCCCAGGAAGUCCCCACCGGAGAUGGGAAUCAGAAGGAAAUAUCUCCAUAGGCAAAGUGCAGCUCAGCCACAUGGAGGCGCCAGACUCAAAGGAGGAUGGACUCGUCACCGAGGCUCUCCACAACAUGAACAAUGCCCCAAAGAAAGACGGAAACUUCCUAAUUCCGACCCUUCGGCCCCCAAGACGACACCCCCCGAAUCCGUAUUCCUCUAUGGUGGGCGUCAGCAGCAGUUUUCUUGUGGACCGUAGCAAACACCUCUCGGGCUCCAGAAGUGGAAGGUUGGAAGAGUUCUCCAGCGACAUCGGCUCGCCGUCCGUCCCGAGCCCCACCUACUGCUCCAAGUGCAAGAAAAUGUUCGCCACCAGUGAAGCGUACGGCUGCCAUGAGCCAAUGCACUUAAUAAGCGGCAAACUUUUUCCUUGCAUAGAAUGCGGCAAAUAUUAUCGGCACAACACGGCUCUGGUGAUCCACCGGCGGACGCACACCGGGGAGAAGCCGUACAGCUGCAGUGAGUGCGGGAGAUGUUUUAACGCUCGGUCGAGUUUGGUCACCCACAUGAAAAUACAUUCCGGAGAAAAGCUCUACUCCUGCUCCGAGUGCGGGAAAGGAUUCGCCAAAACAGACGACCUCUUUAACCACCAGCUGGUGCACUAUCGGGAAAGGAAGCACACGUGCGGUGACUGCGGCAAGUGCUUCAAGAUGGAGUCCGAGCUCGUAGCCCAUAGGAAAAACCAUCCUGCGGAAGUACUCUUCCUCUGUUCUGUUUGUGGCAAGGACUAUACGCAGUACUCCAAGCUUCUGCGGCAUGAGAAGACUCACCCAAGGUUACCGCCCGUCUUCAUCACCAGCGAGAAAAUGUUAAAGGACCAGGAAGCCUAAAAUGUGAGAAUGGAACUGGUGCCCACACGUGUCAGCAUUCCUGGACUCUAGGAGGACGGGGUCAGAUCAGAGGAGACUCUACAGGCCCAAAGCAGGGGGGCAGCUGAUAGUGACAUUACGAUUCGGCCAAACCAAAAUGCAUCCUAGCCAUCAAUGAACCCCCAACCCCUGCCUAAAAAUACUAAUGUCACCAAAGCCCACACCAGUAUUUGUUCACGGAAGUUGUUGGUCGGUGGAGGAUGAGGAGCGACGUAAACCUCCAUGAUGAAGACUUUACCUGUGUAUUGUGUGUAUGAAGACUUUACCUGUGUAUUGUGUGUAUGAAGACUUUACCUGUGUAUUGUGUGUAUGAAGACUUUACCUGUGUAUUGUGUGUAUGAAGACUUUACCUGUGUAUUGUGUGUAUGAAGACUUUACCUGUGUAUUGUGUGUAUGAAGACUUUACCUGUGUAUUGUGUGUAUGAGUGGUGAUGUGAGUCAUUGAUGUAUUUUAUUGGUGCUACUAAAGAUCCGGUCUGACCCGGUCCUGUUGGGGGG